AUGAGCUCAGGCAAGGAAGGACUAUUAAGUCCAACCUCCAACUACGAGCAAGAGCAGUUCCGCCGUUCCUAUGAUGCUCGUUCUUCAUUCGACUCUGAUCUCGAUGCAACAGAGUUCCUUCAAUCCGACCCCCUCACAUCCUCUAAACCAUCCACCGCGGCUUUCUCUACCCAGCCUCGCAACCGCUGGUUGAGGAAACCAUGCGGCUGUUUCGCCGGCCGUUCGACUAGAUGUAUCAUUGGUUGUUUAACUAUUUUCGCUCUAAUAUGGCUAGCACUUAGCGCAGGCGGCUUCUUCGCAUUUAAGAAAUAUAAACAAUCACCUCCGGAUGGCCUCUCGCCACCAUGGUACCCGACUCCAAAGGGCGGUGCAGCAAAAAGCUGGGCCUCGGCUUAUCAAAAAGCCAGCGAGAUGGUUGCCAAGAUGACAUUACCGGAGAAAGUAAACGUGACGACUGGGACCGGAUGGAAGAUGGGCCCAGCCGUAGGAAACACGGGUCCGGCAGUUCACGUAGGGUUCCCUGCUCUAGCACUUCAGGAUGGUCCGCUAGGUAUUCGGUUUGCCGAUAACGCCACAGCUUUUCCUGCCGGCGUGACUGUCGGUGCGACUUGGAAUAAAGAGCUGAUGUACCAAUGGGGAAACGCCCAUGCGAUAGAAGCUAGAAAGAAGGGAAUCAAUGUUAUUUUAGGUCCUUGUAUCGGUCCAUUGGGCCGCAUGCCAGCAGGUGGACGGAACUGGGAAGGGUUCGGUGCGGAUCCUUAUCUCCAGGGCAUCGCAGCAGCCCAGUCGAUCAAGGGAAUUCAAGAUGAGGGUGUCAUGGCGACUAUUAAACAUUUCGUCGCAAACGAACAGGAGCACUUCCGCCAGCCAUGGGAAUGGGGACUCCCAAACGCUCUUAGUACGAACAUCGACGAUCGGACAAUGCACGAGCUUUACCUAUGGCCGUUUGGAAAUGCUGUCAAGGCCGGCGUUGCAAGCGUCAUGUGCAGCUACAACAUGAUUAACAAUUCGUAUGCGUGCGGCAACUCGAAGCUACUUAAUGGUUUAUUAAGAGACGAGAUGGGUUUUCAAGGAUUCGUAAUGAGCGAUUGGUUAGCACAGAGAAGCGGCGUUGCCAGCGCACUCGCAGGCCUCGACAUGACGAUGCCCGGUGACGGGCUAUUCUGGGAGGAUGGUAAAUCGCUCUGGGGUUCCGAGCUUACGAGAUCCAUCCUCAACGGUUCGGUUCCUCUCGAUAGGUUAAACGACAUGGUUACCAGGAUUGUUGCGGCAUGGUACCAACUAGGUCAGGACGACAAGACCAAGUUUGACCGUAAGGGGCCCAACUUCUCGUCGUGGACAGACGAGCCAGAAGGUACCUUUGCACCCGGAAGCCCUACCGAGCAAGAGAAAGUUCCAGUUAAUCAGUACGUUAACGUCAUGGGUGAUCAUGCCUCUAUUGCACGACAGAUUGCAGCAGAAGGAACUGUCUUACUUAAAAACGAAGGACUACUCCCUCUUCCCUAUAACUCUAGCACUAACUCGAAUGAAACGAUCCGACGCGACAGUCUAUUUCAGAUUGCAAUAUUUGGCGAGGAUGCUGGUGCUGGUGACGGUCCUAAUCACUGUCCAGAUCGCGGUUGUAAUCAGGGCACCUUAGCUUCAGGCUGGGGCUCUGGUUCUGUUGAAUUUCCCUACCUAGUCACUCCCGUCGAGGCACUAACUAAGAAAUGGGAAGAUGACGAGAGCGUCAAGGUUUCGACAUAUCUAACGAAUAAGCCACCAUUCGAAAAACAGCCAGAUAUUCUACAAGAUGCUCAGCUAUGUAUCGUCUUCGCAAACGCUGACUCGGGCGAAGGGUUUAAGGCAUGGGAGGGUGUUAAAGGUGAUCGACCCGAUCUAUUUCUGCAGAAGGGCGGCGAUGAUCUGAUCACUCAGGUUGCCCGAGGGUGCCACGGCGGCACCGGCGAUGUCCUUGUCGUUAUUCACACAGUUGGCCCUGUCCUGAUGGAAAAAUGGAUUGACCUACCCAAUAUCAAAGCGGUCCUCCUCGCAAACUUACCAGGCCAGGAGAGUGGUAAUGCCCUAGCCGAUGUCAUAUUUGGAGAUGUCAACCCUAGCGGAAAGCUACCUUGGACUAUCGGCAAGUCCUUAGAUGAUUACGGUGAAGGUGCUAAAAUCAUGUACCUACCCAACAGCGUCGUGCCGCAGCAGGACUUUAAAGAGGGUUUAUAUGUCGACUACCGCUAUUUCGACAAGUACGAGAUACAGCCGCGGUUCGAGUUCGGUUUCGGUUUAAGCUACACUACAUUCGAGUUCUCUGAUUGCAUCGUCACUGGGCUAAAGGAGAAGAGCGUCCUCCCCGCACCGCGACCCAAGGAUUUUGCAAUUCCUCCAGAAUACGAUGCUACUAUUCCUAACGAGGAGGAGGCGCUCUUUCCUAAAGAUUUUCGAAAGCUUGAAAAAUACGUUUACCCUUAUCUCGAUACUAUCGAUGAUAUAGUAUCAAAUCCUUACCCCUAUCCCGACGGCUACGACGUAAAGCAACCUGCCUCCGGCGCUGGAGGAGACGAAGGUGGAAACCCUGACCUUUGGGAUAUCUACGUUACCGUUUCUGCAAAGGUUACGAACACUGGCGGUAAAGCAGGCCAGGUCGUGCCGCAGCUAUACCUUGGAUAUCCCCAAAGCGAUCUUCCAGUUGACUUCCCGAUCAAGGUGCUGCGCGGAUUUGAUAAGUUUUUGCUGGACCAGGGGGGAAGUAGGACAAUCACAUUUAAUCUAACCAGGCGAGAUCUAAGUUACUGGGACGUCAAUGUACAAAAUUGGGCCAUGGUUGUCGAGGGUGAAUAUCGAUUUAUGGUUGGUCGAAGUUCCAAAGAUUUACCCGUUUCGGGAACUUGGUAG